AUGAGGCAAAAGCGGGCAAAGACGUAUAGGAAACUAUUGGCCAGCUAUAUCCGUACCUUCGGAUUACGACCUCCUCUACAAAUAUUGAUUGAUUCAGAGAUGGCGAUUUCGAUGGCAAGUAUGAAAUUUCAACCAGAAGAAUUUAACAAAUCUGCUGCAUACGUUAAACCGAUGAUAACGCAAUGUUGUAUAAAUGAAUUGUAUAAAGCACAAAAAGAAGGUCAGCCUCAAGCAAAUGCUGUUGAACUUGCAAAAGGAUGGGAAAGAAGGUUUUGCAAUCAUAAAGAUCCCAUACCCGGAGAUCGUUGUUUGCGACAAGUGAUCGGGGAAACGAAUAAGCAUAGAUAUUGUUUAGCUGCAAAUAGCGUCGCUUUGAGAAAUGCAAUCAGACAUACAGUAGCUGGAGUCCCGAUUGCUCAUGUCAAUGAUCACAAAGUCAUGGUCAUGGAACCAAUGAGUGAUCUAACCAGGAAGAGAUGUGAGGAGUUCGAAAGGGAAAAGCUACAAAACGUAUCCGGAAGGCAGUCCACUGUUUUGGGUAAACGAUCUUCAGAUAUCAUCACAGGGGAAGAGGGUGCACUUCCGGCCACAACAGUCGAAGGAGAGACAGAUCAAGGUGCUGAACCAGCAUUCAAACCUCGGAAGAAGAAAGCAAAGGGUCCCAAUCCGCUCAGUAUGAAGAAGUCAAAGAAGGACAAAGGAAAGAAUCAAUCGGACAACCAAGCAGGUCCUUCAAAGGCAAAGAAACGAAAAGCCAAUGUACAAGUAAGCCAAUCAUCUUGA